AUGGCAGAAAAUUCAUUUCUGCAAUCUUCGACUCGAAGGAACUCUAUGACGUCGCUCUCAACGGCAAAUUCAUACAAUACUGUGUCGACAACAGCCCGGAGCAUGUCGACGGAGCACUUGACUAAUUUAGAUGAUAAAUUUACGAAAAAAUCGAUAAAGAAACUGCCGACAUCUAUGCUUAAUCCGGCCGAUAAGUUUCAUAAGACUAACACUGGAACAUAUUAUUUUCCGAAUGGUGAGAUCUUUCGUCCACGUAUGACGCCAUCAAAGAGACAUAGACCAGGGAAGAUUACAGGGUCAUCACGUAAUAAUUCCAUGACUAAGGAUCCAACUGCCGGCUACGUACUACACUAUACUCCAUCGUCAGGAACCCCCGAAAUUCCCAGAUCAUCAUCGAUGGUAUCAAUGCAAUCCGCUAACUCAACAUCAAGUCCAGUUCCGAAUGCUUACGUUUCGAAGUCGUCGUCAUUUACUAAUUUGAGAAGGAGCAAUAAACAAAACUUAGCUCAGUCAUUACGAUCCAAUAAGAUUGACACUCCGACUAAUAUAAAUAUUCAAAAUCUUGCUCCUGUUAGUGGUCAGGCGUCUACUCCACAUCAUGCACCAUCACCUACAACAUCAACCUUAUUAAGUCCCCCAGUACAGAAUACAAAGAGUUUCCAAACAAACAAUGUUUUAAGAGAUAGUGAAUGCAUUCCAGAAGCAUUUAAAAUUUCUGAUAACAUUUAUUCUGGUGGGCAGCCUAACCAUCCACAAGUAACAAAUAUUAAUCAUAAUAGACCGGUUCCCGCAUCUUCUGAUUCAAAUUUAUCUUCUUUAUCAAACUAUAAUUUAAAUAGGUCAUCUUCUAAUACCCCACAGACAUCUAUCAACACUUCUAUAGAUAUUGAGGAGGCACCAGAGGGAUAUGUUAAAUGCAUCAAAUAUGAAAAUAAGAAUAUGGCUGAUGAUGUGUUACAAAAGACAAGCUCAUUAGAAAGUAUUAAAGAGACCGAGCUUCAUAGAAUUGAAGAAGUCCCUAGAAUCAAUGUACAGAAAGAUGAGAUACCGGUCGAUGCUAGGCCUGCAUCGGAUCACCAAAACGAGUCAUUUGAAAGGAUGCAAGACCCAGCAAAGGGAUACACAUCAGAUAAUCUACAUAAUCUAGAACCCGAGCAUACAAUGCAAGACCAUUAUAAUGAAACGAUUAGUGACCAUGCUAAGCAGUAUUCUGAUGAAAAUAUAAAGCAUUUUGAAGAGUCUACAUUAGAAUCUAUUCAAAAGUCUCAUCAAGCUUGCACGCCCACGCCAUUGCAUGACGAGAUGAUUGCUAAAGAAUCCUCUAGAGACAUACUCCCUGAACCUGAUAGAGAUUUGGUGGAGGAGGUGUGCCAGCCAGCAAAAUCUAAAGAGGGUAUUUCCCAACUUCAAGAUCUGGAACAAGGUAGUGAAGAGUCGGAUAUUAUUGCCGAGUAUUCAGCUGAAUCAGAAUCAGAUUCUGAAUCUGAACUCUUAAAUAAAAUUCCUAAGCCUACAUUAGGUAUGAUUGAUGCCAAUGAUUCGUCUGACUUUUCUCAAGACGAUAUAAAUUGUACUCAUACACAAGUUGAUUCAGACACUGAAGAUUUAAGUACAUUACAUGAUAUGUCGGAAGAUAAGUCUAGGAAUAAUUCUCCGACUAAACAUACUUUGGUUUUUGAGCAUUCAAAUAGUGAUGAUUUUAAGACUCCAGAAGGUUCUCCUGAUGUCGAUGAUUCGGAAUUGUUGAACAAUACAGAAAAGGCUAAAAAUGUAGAAGAACUGAAUAAUAUGAAUAAUGAAAAAUUUGGUGACACUAAGGAAGGAAUUGUUGAACCUGAUAAGCAAUCGCCUGAUGCUCAGGACGUCGAAAAGUCUGCACCUUAUACUGCUUCUCAAUCAGGUUCGCCAGGACCCGAGUCUCCAAAGCCAAAAAAUUUCUUUGACUUUCAUAAGGAUGAUGCAUUUGACAAGUUUUUGAACGAUGACCAAGUUGAAGUCCCACCAAGAGGUGAUGUUGCAGUUGUUGGCGAUAAAAUAAGAAAGCAUGAGAGAUCGGUCUCCUCGAUUAGUUCAUUUAAUUCUAUAUUGCAUAGUGAAUUUGAAUCGCCAAGUAAAUCAAAUGGAUUAUUUUCUAAAUCGCCUAGGCAAAUGUCUCCAAGAAUACCUCAUAAUCAUUCAAAUUCUAUUGAAAGAGCUUUUAAUACUGAUAUUAAAAACUCAGGGGUUGAAGAAAAGGCUUUGCCUAUCACCCCGACUAAAGGGCAUUUUCUAAUUGAAAAGUCUUUACCCGCUUCCCCCAAGGACAAUUCUGUGUCACCAGAUCAUGCUUCACCAAAUGUUGGACCAUCACAAUUGAUUGUUUCAGACGGUAGCUCUUCACCUGCUCACGUAUCUGAACCUGGUGCCGUGAAAAUCCCGACAUCAAACUCAAUGCUCUUAGAUUCUACCAUUGAUAAGAGUGGCGACGGUAAUUCAAACAAACAUCCGAUAAAAAAAGGUUCUAUGCUUGAUGUUGUAACUGCUGACUCAAAUAUGUUAAAAAGGAAGCCUCCUUCAAAAGCACAGGAGCAGAUAUCGGAUAAAGCUUCACUAAAACCAACUGAUAAAAUUCCUAAGGUAAAGUCAUUUAGAAACUUGAGUGGGGGCACAAAAUUGAAGAAGUCUUCAUCUACGGCAAAUUUCAAAGCAUUUUUCAAGAAACUUUUUCCGUUGCCAUCAGCAAACUCUUCAUCAUCGACUUCAUCUGAAAGUAAGAGCUUGCAGAACCCAAAAAUAUCACAGACAAAUAUUUCACAAGAUACAUCAUCUUUUACUAAGCCUAAAAAAUUGAAUAAAAGUAAGCGGUCCUUUUCAUUUGCGAAUUUGAAACUGGCAGGCUUCAAUAACAAAUCACAUGGAUCUGCGAAUGAACCAAAGAUUACCAUAGAACCGCAACAAGAUCAAAAAGAGGCCAGACCGAUUCUGUGCGUUCUUGACAAUGAAAUCAUACCACAAACCGAGAGUUUAACGAUCACUAAGUUACCAACUAUUGAAAGAGAUGAUAGUCUAUUUGAAGAUAUGUUUACAAAUUUUGAUGAAGAUUUUAAUAGGGCCAAUUCGACUAAGAGUAAGGUUCCAGCUAAUUCAAUUAACGAAUUGUUUAUUAAAGAUGACGAAUUGACUAGAGAUCAAAUCGAAGAUCAGCAGAAAAGAGAUAACAAUCAAAUUUCUGAUGAUAUUGAUGAAGACGAGACAAAGUCAACAUCGUCUGAUGCAUUCUCUAUGGUGAAUUCUGAUGAAAUCUAUAUUGAUGACAACAUAAGAUAUUUGCAAGACGAAUUAAUAUGGCCAAUAGACAAUGAUGAAUUCACUUCAAUCGAAGACUAUAGUGUUUUAAGUAGGUCUGGAACUGUGAAGACAAGGUUAAAUCCAGAAAAUAAUGAAGAGCAAGGAGAAAGUACUGUUGAAACUAUAGUGGUUGAUAAUGAGCAAUUAACGAGCUUAUUUGAUAAUUUAUCAGAGUUACAAAAAAGAAGACUUCCAAUUCACUUGAAGCAUAUUGGCCAAUUCAAGGAUUCAAAGAUUUUAGAAAUUAGCAUUAGAAAAUUCGAAAGCAUUCCUGACUUAUCAAAUUUAGGAAUAGUAAACAGACAACUUAAUUCAAUUUUGAAGAAGAAGCUUGGAUCUUCAGAAAACAAGAAGGUUCAAUUCUCGAAUAAGAUUUCGAUUAAUGAGACAUUUUCACCUGAUAUGUAUAAACGUUAUAAUAAGUCUGUUACUCAAUACACUUUAACUGGAUCAAUGGAAAUUAACAAGAUUAAAAAUGAGCUCAACACUUACAAGUGUAAUGAAAUGUUGGUUCAUGAGCAUUCUCAGAACAAUACUCAUUUUUUCUAUUAG